AUGAACAUGAACACAAACAAAAAAAGAAAGAGGACUAAAUUAGUAUGUUUAAAAUGUGGUAGUACUUUUGACGAUGAUUAUAAAAAAAAACAUGAAUUGACUCAACAUGGAGGGGAAAAAGUUAGGGUGAAACAUUUAGGAGCUCCAGAUAACCCUUUUAUUCUUGCAUCAUCAAAAAAAAAAUGUACUUUGGAUUCAACAUCAAUGUCAUCAAUGCAUAAUAUGGAGGAAAAUAACAAGAAUGAUUCUCAACCUACUAAUUCUGAAAUCAUUGAUUUUUCCUCUAUUUCAACAACAAUAUUGGAAGAAGAUAUUGAAAAGAAAAAUGGUCACAGUUCUACAGAUGAAAAAAUACUUAAUAAAAGUUCAUUAUCUCCAAUAAAACCUGAAUCAAUUAAUAUAGAAUCUGAUGUUAAAACAAAACCAGUUGAGUUGGAGAUAAACACUACAGACAUGGUUGAAAAUGUAGAAAAUAGUUUUAAAAUAAUUAAUGAACAUUUAGAAAAUUCAAAUAUUAUCUUGGAUAAUAGCAGUGGCACAGAAAGUAGCAGUUGUGCUUAUGAUUGGGUUGCUUGCGCUGGAAUGAUUGAAUCGCUUAUAAAUAGCUUUCAGGACUGUAGUAUGCUUUUAAAAAAACUAAAAACUGAAAAUGCUCCAAAUCCAAUUUCUUUUUUAGUUUCUACUUCUCAUAUAAUAUCUUCAAUUAAAGCAGAAUCUGAAAAAUACUUAUCCAUAAGCAAUUUAGUCUUAAACUCCUUAGUAUCGCUUUCACAAGUUGCACCAAAAGAAAAUGUUGACUAUUUUCUUGAGCAUGAUCCUGGUAAACGAUCAGUCGUAAAAACAUCUUCUCAAAGGAAAUAUCUUUUAAGUUUGGGGCCACAUCAACCCAAACUUGCAAAAUUUCCAAAAAACUUAGAUAUAACACCCGGAAAGCAAUGCCAAUUUAGUUCAUUGUGGUAUAAUGAAUACCCUCAUUUAGAAUAUAGCUUAAUUAAAGAUGCUGCUUUUUGUUUUAUUUGCACUUUAUUUCCAAAUGGGCCUAAUAGAAAUUAUUCUGAUUCUGCUUGGAGUGAAAUAGGUGUCCGUUCUUGGCAUAAGAUGAAAGGAAGAGGAAUUAAAAAACCUGGGAAACUUCAUCAGCAUUUCACAUCAAAUGCUCAUAAAUCAGCAUUAAUAGAUUUCAGAAAUUUCUUAAAUUUUUCCGGCCAUAUUGAAUGCAUUCUUAAUAAGAAAAAUAGAGAACAAGCAAUUAAUGAUGAGCACCAAAACAAAUUUAAUCAAGAAGUGCUAAACAUACUAUUUGAUAUUACUCGUAUGCUUUCAAGACAAGGUCUUGCAUUUAGGGGUGAUGGAAGUGAAGAAAAUGGUAAUUUUAAUCAAAUUGUGCUUUUAUUAUCUAAACAUAAUGCUGUAUUAAAAAAGUGGCUUGAUGAUAAAGCAUUUAGAAAACAUAAUGUCACUUAUAUGAGUCAUGAUUCACAAAAUGAGUUUAUCGACUUAUUAAAAGUAAAAGAAGCAGAUAUAUAUUCGGUGAUGGCAGACACCACACCUGAUAUUUCACAUCGAGAUCAGCUAUCAGUCUGUGUUAGGUAUGUGAAUGCGGCUGGGGAAAUAUCGGAAAGGCUCCUGGAAAUAAUUGAAGCAUCAGACAAAACUGGAUUAGGUAUCGCAGAAACAAUUGAAAGUGUCAUAAUUAACAAUGAAUUGCCCCCAAAAAAUGUUGUUUUUCAAUCAUAUGACUUUGCCAGCAGUAUGUCUGGCAAAAUAAAUGGCACACAACAAAAAUUGUCAGAACUACUAGGCCACACUGUUUUGUUUAUACCCUGUCAAGCCCACAGAAUAAAUACUUUUCUUGAACACAGCUGCAAUGCAAGUGUUAUAGUUGGAGAUUUAUUUUUGGUACUCGAACAUAUGUAUGUUUUCUUUUCUUCAAGUACAAAAAGAUAUGCUCAUUUGCAAAAAAGUCUGUCUGAAAUUGAAAAUUCUUUACAGUUACGUAAUUUAUCGAAAACAAGGUGGACAGCCCGAGCAGAGUCAAUAAAAGCUGUAUGGGUUUCAUUUGACUCAAUUGUAAAAACACUAGAAGAAAUGUCUACAGCCCAGUACUUUGACAAAAACACAAGAUCUCAAGCUUUAGGAAUCACCAAAAAAAUACUCACAUUUGACUUUGUAGUAUCACUAUAUUUUAUGAAAAACGUGAUGUAUAAAAUGAAAAUUUUAACUGAAAGUUUUGAAGCCAAAGAUCUCAACAUAAUUGAUGCUCUAAUGCUAUUAAAUAGUUCUACUGACAUUUUCAAUGAUAUUAACAAUGAUUCGAUAGGCAUGGAUAAUUUGAUUGAUAGUUCUAUUAAUUAUGCACAUCAAUUAAACAUUAAUCCUGAAUCUGAUUUCAACAAAAUACACAGGAGAAGACUAUUGCCAAAAAGAUUAGAUUCUAAUCCAAGUUCACAGGCAAUAUUUGAUUUAAAAACUUUCUACAGAUCUGAAUUUAAAAAAGUUUUAGAUACUCUGACAACAUUAACUUCCGAACACUUAAAAAAAUGCAUUGCUACUGUUGAACCAUUAUUUAAUCUUUUAAAAGUGCCUUUGAGUAAUAAACAUUCAGCAGAAGACUUUGAAAAGAUAAUAAAUUUAUUCCCUCCAGGAUGUUCUGUAUCCAAUAUUAAGGAUUUUGAUGCAGUUUAUUCUGAAUAUCUUGUGCUGGCUCACCGUUGCAAGGACGCUAAAAACGUUUUGGAUAUCUUAAAUGUAUCAGAAAUGUAUAAAAAUAUUUUGCCUAAUAUGAACAAGAUAUUAAGAUUAAUGUUUACAGCCCCUGUAAGUACAGCCUCCAAUGAACGAGCGUUCAGUAAACUAAAACUAAUAAAAAACUUUUUACGAUCUACCAUGAAUGCUGACCGUCUUCAAAAUUUAAUGUUACUUAAUACUAAUAAGGAUAUUUUAGAUACAAUUGAUACCAUGGUGCUCGUGAAGAAGUGGUCCCAUUUGAAACAUCGUAGAAUAGAAGUAUAA